UUGGUUCACUACAGUCGGGCCCAGGAGUGCACAGGUGUUGGUGUCGACCAGCGUAUAGACUGCGCCCCCGAACGGACAGUCACUGAGGCUGAGUGUACGGCACGGAAGUGUUGUUUCGCCCCAAAAACACCCACCAGUAAAGACAAUAAAUACAUACCGACAUGCUUUAUACCAAAGACUUAUUCGGGUUAUAAAGUUUACCACGUGUUUGAGGGCUCAGACCAUACGUUGGUAGAUCUCUCUCGCGAGAUCCCAUCGGGAUUUCCCAACGAUAUAAAGUCGGUGUCGUUUCGUAUAACACAUCUCUCGCCUAAUGUGUUGCGAAUACGUGUGACUGACUCUAAUCGCACCCGAUAUGAGCCCCCACUCCCGCAACUCAAUCUACCCAAACCGGUAGCCGUGAGUCCGCUCUAUUCGAUCGACCCCAUUGAGCAUGGUGUUGUGACUAUAAGACGGAAAUCGACAAAAACAAUCAUAUUUCAGACCGACUUAACAAAGCUGGUGUAUGCGGACCAAUUCAUCCAGCUCAAAUCACUGCUUAGUUCGCACCAGGUAUACGGUAUUGGUGAACAAAAGGCCAAAUUCCUGAAAGAUACUCAGUGGCAAAUAUACACAAUAUUCAACCAUGAUCAACUUGUACAAGAAAAGCACCCGGAGUACGGUUCCCACCCCUUCCACCUGAACGUCGAGGACAACAACACCGGUCUAUCGCACGGUGUGUUUCUGCACAACUCCAACGCUAUGGACCUACUGUUACAGCCGGAGCCGGCCAUCACGUGGCGGACCAUUGGAGGCAUUUUAGAUAUGUUUAUAUUUUUGGGCCCCAAUCCGGCAGAUGUGGCCCGAGAUUACGUCAGUCUCGUGGGUAAGCCUGAAAUGCCUCCCUUCUGGGGUCUGGGCUAUCAUCAGUGCCGGUGUUGUAGCGAACCCAGCACUUUGGCCGCCCAGAAAGUGAUCACUGAGCGCACGAUCGCCGCCGGAAUACCCUUUGACACCCAAUGGAAUGCCAAAGAGUAUAUGGAGACUACAUUUGAUGACUUCACGGUAGACCAAAAGCGGUACAAAGGGUUUGGCGAUUGGGUCCGACAUUUGCACGAUAUUGGUAUGCAUUACGUGCCCAUUAUUGACCCGGGCAUCGAUCCCGUUAAUAAAGCCGGUACUUACCCACCAUAUGAUGAUGGAGUGAAAAUGGAUAUAUUUAUCAAGAACCAUACCGAUGGUAUAUUUGUUGGCCACACGUGGCACACGAGGGGCAAAACAGUUUGGCCCGACUUUUCGCACCCGAACUCUACCGAAUAUUGGACCAAACAGUUCCGGGAGUUUCACAAACAGGUGCCCAUCGAUGGCGCCUGGAAUGACAUGAAUGAGAUCGACAACCAGAUUAGCCAAUCGAUACACGGGUGUCCAAAGGGUAACCCACUUGAGUUGCCCCCAUAUGUGCCAAAACAACUGAGCAAAAUGCAAGACCACACACUUUGCAUGACUGCCAAAUCUCACGCAGGCGUUGAAUAUAAUGUGCAUAAUUUAUAUGGCAUUUACGAGGCUAUGGCUACCGAUAAAGCGUUGAAAGAGGUUCGCCAAAAGCGGUCAUUUGUCAUAUCCCGGGCCACAUCGCCCGGUCAGGGCAAGUAUUCCGGGCACUGGGAUGGAGACAUCGAUACAGAUUAUUCAAUCGGGGGCGAUAUAUGCGGUUUUCUGGGCAAAGCAGAAAACAAUACAUUUCACCAGGAAUUGUGUGCUAGGUGGUUUGAGAUUGGUGCGUUUUAUCCGUUUGCCAGAAAUCAUAACACAAAGAAAAUGGACCAGGAUCCAGUGGCCAUGGGCACUAUGGUUACUCGAGCGGCCAAACAAGCACUGGAAACCAGAUACACUCUACUACCAUAUUUAUAUACUCUAUUUUACCAAGCUAAAGUCAACGCCGACACUGUAGCUAGACCAUUAUUCUUUGAAUUUCCAACUGAUAAGCACACAUAUGAAUCGGCAGUGGCUGAGCGUCAGUUUAUGUGGGGCCAGGCGUUUAUGAUAGCGCCUGUAGUUGAACCCAAUGUGACCAAAAUCAAGCCCUACUUACCGGCGGGUGUUUGGUAUCCGUUUGAAUACCCGAAGUUUGAUAAGCCUAUUGUGAGUAGCGGUCAGUUCAUGGAGUUUGACGCCCCGGUAGACAAAGUGAAUACAUUCCUGAGGGCCGGACAUGUGGUGCCAAUACUACCUUCUCGACAGACAACCACUGCUAUGAGAAAGGAAAAGUUUACCUUGCUCACCUUUUUAGAUAAAUCAGGGUCAGCCCCCGUUACUGCCCAUGGUCAGUUAUAUUGGGACGAUGGCGAUUCAAUAGAUCCUGUUGAACAGAAACAGUAUACUCUGAUUACUUUUGAAGCCACUGAAAGUACCCUGGUUAUAAAACCAGAACAUAAUGGUUAUACUGGCGCUGUAUUGGUGGGUGAGAUAGAUGUGUUUGGUUUGAGUGCUAAGCCAACUACGGUGUUGGUCAAUGGUGUGGCGGCUAAAAAUCGGGCCCAGGAGUGCACAGGUGUUGGUGUCGACCAGCGUAUAGACUGCGCGCCCGAACGGACAGUCACUGAGGCUGAGUGUACGGCACGGAAGUGCUGUUUCGUCGCCAAAACACCCACCAGUACUGAUAAUAAAUACAUACCGACAUGUUUUAUACCGAAAACCUAUUUGGGUUAUAAAGUGGUUCACGUGUCUGAGGGCUCAGACCAUACGUUGGUAGAGCUCGAGCGCGAGACCCCAUCGGGAUUUCCCAACGAUAUAAAGUCGGUGUCGUUUCGUAUAACACAUCUCUCGCCUAAUGUGUUGCGAAUACGUGUGACUGACUCUAAUCGCACCCGAUAUGAGCCCCCACUCCCGCAACUCAAUCUGCCCACACCUGUAGCCGUGAGUCCGCUCUAUUCACUCGACCCCAUCGAGCAUGACGUAACUAAAUUGGUGUUUGCUGACCAAUUCAUCCAGCUCAAGUCACUGCUCAGUUCGCAUCAGGUGUACGGUAUUGGUGAGCAAAAGGCUAAAUUCCUAAAAGACACCCAGUGGCAAAUAUAUACACUAUUCAAUCAUGAUAACCUUGUACAAGAAAAGCACCCUGAGUACGGUUCCCAUCCGUUCCACCUGAACGUCGAGGACAACAGCACCGGUCUAUCGCACGGUGUGUUUCUGCACAACUCCAACGCUAUGGACAUUCUGUUACAACCCGAGCCGGCCAUCACGUGGCGGACCAUUGGAGGCAUUUUAGACAUGUUUAUAUUUUUGGGACCCAAUCCGGCAGACGUUGCCCGAGAUUACGUCAGUCUCGUGGGUCGGCCUGAAAUACCCCCAUUUUGGGGUCUGGGCUAUCAUCAGUGCAGGUGCUGUAGUGAACCGCACACUCUGGCCGCCCAAAAGUUAAUAACUGAGCGCACGAUCGCCGCCGGCAUACCGUUUGACACCCAAUGGAAUGCCAAGGAGUAUAUGGAACCGACUUUUGAUGAUUUUACGGUAGAUCAGGACCGAUGGGCCGGGUUUGGCGAUUGGGUUCGACAUUUGCACGAUAUUGGUAUGCAUUACGUGCCUAUAAUUGACCCGGGCAUCGAUCCCAUUAAUAAACCCGGUACGUACCCACCAUACGACGAUGGAGUGAGCAUGGAUAUAUUUAUUAAGAACCACACCGAUGGUAUAUUUGUUGGCCACACGUGGCACACGAGGGGCAAAACAGUUUGGCCCGACUUUUCGCAUCCGAAAUCUGCCGAAUACUGGACCAAACAGUUCCGGGAGUUUCACAAACAGGUGCCCAUCGAUGGCUCCUGGAAUGACAUGAACGAGAUCGCCAACGGUAUGAGCUCGUCGGUCAACGGGUGCCCAAAAGGUAACCCACUUGAAUCACCCCCAUAUGUGCCAAAACAACUGAGUAAACUACAACAUCACACACUCUGUAUGACUGCCAAACAUUACGCCGGCGUUGAAUAUAAUGUGCAUAAUUUGUAUGCAAUUUAUGAGGCUAUGGCUACUGAUAAAGCGUUGAAAGAGGUGCGCCAAAAGCGGUCAUUUGUCAUAUCCCGGGCCACAUCUCCCGGUCAGGGCAAGUACUCCGGGCACUGGGAUGGAGACAUUGAUACAGACUAUUCAAGCAUGCAGUGGACUAUCCCUUUCGGGGGCGAUAUAUGCGGUUUUCUGGGCAAAGCAGAAAACAACACGUUUCACCAGGAGUUGUGCGCUAGGUGGUUUGAGAUUGGCGCAUUUUAUCCGUUUUCCAGAAAUCAUAACACAAAGAAAAUGGACCAGGAUCCAGUGGCCAUGGGUACCAUGGUGACUCGAGCGGCCAAACAAGCACUGGAAACCAGAUACGCUCUUCUACCAUAUUUAUAUACACUCUUUUACCAAGCUAAAGUUAACGCCGACACUGUAGCUCGACCACUAUUCUUUGAAUUUCCAACUGACACUCCCACAUACGACCCAGUUGUGGCCGAGAGGCAGUUUAUGUGGGGCCAGGCAUUUAUGAUAGCGCCUGUAGUUGAACCCAAUGUGACCAAAAUCAAGCCCUACUUACCGGCGGGUAUUUGGUAUCCGUUUGAAUACCCAAAGUUUGAUAAGCCUAUUGUGAGUAGCGGUCAGUUCAUGGAGUUUGACGCCCCGGUAGACAAAGUGAAUACAUUCUUAAGGGCCGGACAUAUAGUGCCGAUACUACCUGUCCAGCAGACAACCACUGCUAUGAGAAAAGAAAAUUUUACCUUGCUCACGUUUUUAGAUAAAUCAGGUUCAGCCCACGCAACUGCCCAUGGUCAGUUAUAUUGGGACGAUGGUGAUUCAAUAGACCCUGUUGAACAGAAACAGUAUACACUGGUUACUUUUAAUGCCACUGAUAGCACCCUGGUUACAAAACCAGAACACAAUGGCUAUACUGUCGCUGUAGUGGUGGGCGAGAUAGAUGUGUUUGGUGUGAGUGUUAAGCCAACAACGGUGUUGAUCAAUGGUGUGGCGGCUAAAAAGUUUUCAUAUAAUCCUAUUGGGCAACAAUUAACUGUUACCGAGUUGGACCUAAAUCUUGUUACCGCCGCAUACGCCAUGGUAAUAGGCGCCAGUUUACAACACUAUACCAUUUGGACAUUUACCAUCUCAUUAAUACCCCAAAUACUAAUGUACGUCACAAUAUACAGCGCGUGGACCGGCACGUUUGCCACGUUAGCAUUUACCACGAUCAUAGCUUUUGCCUGCAUACUCAGUGUCACCAGGGCCAAUAGCACCUUGCAUCCCAGAAUGGACCAAGAUCAUACUAAGCCCCGAAGCACUAUGCACUUGCAAAUAUCUCACCUGAUCGGCACGCACCUGGUACUUUUUGAGUCCAUGCACCCGCUUGUACUAUAUCUGGCCAUGGUGGUACUGUUGAUAUUGUCCGGUGUGAUAUUUGUGUUUCAAUUUGUUUGCGCA